AUGAUAGAAUUAAACAUGGCAGUUGAUGGGUAUCGUAUAAUUCUUGACAACGAUCUUGAUGAAUGGUCAGAUGCUGAAGCGGUUGAAGAAACGAAUGAGAAAUACCAAAAUGAACUAAGGAAAAUUAUCCUUAGCAUACAAAAUGAUCUUAGUAUAUCGCAGGAUGAAAAGGCGAAGAAAGUUCAAGAAUUGAUGACAUUUAACUGGCGACAAAAUGAAAAAAAGCCAACAGACAUUGACAAUGAAUCUGUUGAUGAUCUCAAACCAACAUAUACUUAUGAAAACUCACAAAAAUUUGGGUGUAAACACUAUCAAAGAGGAUCAAAAUUGCAAGCAGAAUGCUGUAAAAGACUGUUUACAUGUAGAUUUUGCCACGAUGAAAAAUGUGAUCAUAAAAUUGACAGGCAAACCAUUCAACCGGCCAGCAAAUCUUGCAAUAAUUGCAAACGAGAAUUAGCACGGUAUUACUGUGAUAAAUGUAAAUUCUGGGAUGAUCAUCCGCUUAGAGACAUUUAUCAUUGUGAUCAUUGCGGAAUUUGUCGGCAGGGACGGGGUCUAGAACCUGGAUCGCGACUGCAUGAUCUGUGGGGAAUAUCUAUUUUCAUCAACAAUGAAUCCUCAUCUGAUGAGUGUUUCGAAGAAUACAGCAAGACCGCAUACCAAUGUCCAACGUGCUGUAAGUCUAUUGCAAACAUGGAGAUUUAUUUUCGACGGAUCGAUGCCAUUGUUGCUCAACAAAAAAUGCCACCCGAAUAUGAGCACUUCGUUGCGCACAUAUUAUGCAACGACUGCGAAAUACGUAGUACUGUUAGUUAUCACUUCUCAUACCACAAAUGUCCUGAAUGCCGAGGAUACAAUACCAAAGUCUUGGAAAUAAAGUCAGGACUGCCAGAAAAUAAUCCACCCAAGAGUGAAGGAUCAAGCAGCUUUACAGUUAAUAGCGGGUCAUCUAAUAGUUCACAAGCACAACAGUCAAGUGUUACGGAAGUCACUGGUAUGAUGCAGCGUGGAGAAGGGUCAUCUGAUAGGGAAUACGUGACAGAACACCAGACAAGACACCCCAUGAAUUCAAUAGAAUCAAAUAAUGAUGCUUAA